AUGGCUUUCUACGCGGACGAAGAACGGGUCUGGAAAUGCGCAAAGCAUCCUUCGAAACGACGCCGCAGUGGAAUCUGUCCGGUUUGCCUCCAACGUAAACUAGCAUCUCUUUGCCCCGACUGCGCCCGCACUCGUCCCUGCGCGUGUACCGCAACCUCAUCUUCUUCUUCAUCCUCCUCGUACUCCUGCUUCUCAACCGCCGGUGGCGUCUCCGGUGUCGGCUCCGUCGGUCGAGUUUCGAAUCUCAUCGAGAUCGAGUCUUCGUUCCGACGACCCAGAUCCCUCGCAAUUCCUUUUCUCCGUUUGAAACCGGAGAGUUUAACCGAAAAGAACGAUUUAUCGAAGAGUGAUAAUAAGAGCAAGACGCCGUCGUUCUGGUUAAUGUUUAGAGGUAGUACUAAUGCGAGCAAGCGAUACGAUAGCGAAGAUCAAAGAAGAGAAGUCGAGAAAGAGAGCAAAUCGGCGGCGGCAAAUGAAAGGAUGAUGAUGAGGAAGUCGAGUUCCGUGGCGGUGACGUCACAUUCCGGCACCGGAGAUUUAAUUGAAUAUUGUUAUGAUUAA